AUGGCCGCCAAAGCUGGCAUUGAUCCAGAUACACAACUAGCGACUAUGGCCAAAAUUACAGUUCUAAUGAAAGGGAUGAAAGAAGCGAUUUUUGGGAAAAUUGAGGAGGAAGCUGGAAAGACAAAUAAGCGUGUAGACCAACUAACUGCAGAGGUUGCUAAGAUUGAUAAGCAAUUGAAGUCUGUCAAAAUAGAAGUGGAUCAGGUCCAGAACUCACACCACUACUCCACCCAGACCUACGUAAGGCUAAAGGACAAUCUGCUCUCUCCAUUGCCUUUCAGAAUGUCUUGGGCUUCACUAAACAGCGAUGACUUGCAGCGUCCUGGGAUACGGACACCUUCAAGCCACUCUUCCCACAGCCAGAGCUGCUAUGAGACACCAGAACUGAGAGAGCUCCAGCGCAUGCUAUGGACACCCAUACCAUGCGAUGGCAACAUCAAUGAAGUCUGGCCUAACCUCUACAUUGGAGAUCUAUAUAUAGCUCGUGACAUAGAGCAGCUUCGCCAAAUGUGUAUCACCCACAUUGUGAAUGCUGCUGCUGGAAGAUUCCACAUUGACACCGGAGCCAAGUUCUACAAAGACCUGGUAGUGGAUUACUAUGGAGUUGAAGCAGAUGAUGACCCAAAGUUUGAUCUCAGCAUUUAUUUCCACCCAGCUGCUAAAUAUAUAAGAGCAGCACUAAACUCUCCUAGAGGCAAAGUUUUAGUUCACUGUGCCAUGGGGAUAAGUCGCUCAGCAACCCUUGUGCUUGCCUUCUUGAUGAUUUGUGAAAACAAGACCCUUGUGGAUGCCCUAAAGACUGUGCGGGGACACAGAGGGGUCUGCCCAAACUCUGGUUUCCUCAGCCAACUUCGAGAUCUCGACAUCCAGUUAACGAGUGAAAGGAGAAGAGCAGGAGGCGAGCCCUUGGAACUUUAGCUGGAGGAUGCUUGCACGUGAUUCAAGCCUAAGAGGAAGUCAGCAAGACAACAUCCCACAAAAGGGCCCAAACUCUGAGUCUGUUCCAGCAAAUGUUUCUGGGAAGUGAAAUGAAAAAUACUUACAUACUUCUUUGAUGUUAGCAAGUCAUUCAAGAUUAAAAGAGUGUCAGAAACUUGGCACACAUACUUUGAUCCAUGUAUGGACAGGAGAAGACAUUUGUUGACAUUGGAUGGAUU